UACGUAUAAAAGGAGCGUCAAGAAAAGCGUGUGAAACAUUUGAUUUAAAAUUUCGUGUUGUUCAGACUUAGCUCAGCUGAUAAAGUUUCAGGACUAGAAAAUGAAGUGGGUUAUCAUACUUUCGGCUUUAGUGGUUUUAGCAGCGGCUGAAGAUAAAUACACCUCAGAACAUGAUGAUUUUGACGUCGACGCUCUCGCCAAAGACCCCGAGGAACUGAAGAUAUUCCUCGAAUGUUUUACUGGCAAAGGUCCUUGCAGGGAUAUUGCUGCUCACUUUAAAAAAGACAUACCGGAAGCAGUUGUCCAAGCCUGUGCAAAAUGCACAGAUGCGCAAAAACACAUUUUCAAAGUUUUCUUGGAAGCAGUCAAGGCACAAUACAUGUACGGAUACAGAGACUUCAAGGACAAGUACGAUCCAGAGAACAAAUAUCUCGCUGCUUUGGAGGCUGCAGUGGCCAACUAUUAGGGCUUCGAUAAAAAUAUUGUAAUCUCACAUCUCAAAGUUAUCAUAUUGAAAUAAAAAGUCAAAUUUAGUGUG